UAUUGAUCUCUUUUCACUUCCCAAACUCGAAGACACAGGUUGUUUCGAGUUGAUUUAAUUUAUAAAAAUGGCUUCAAGAGGCGGACCAAGGGCAUCUGGUACCGAUGGGUCUGAUUUCUCACAUCGGGAACGCGUCGCCUCGCAUUACAGAGAAAGCGUGCGACAGAAAGCGAAGAUGAAAUUCUGUAUUCUCAUUCACAUGUUCUUUGGAGUCUGUGUGGUUGGAUGGAUGGGUCUUGCCAUUUCACGAGCAGUGAAGAUUGCGCCAGAUCCAUGGAUUCUCCUCUGGCUCAUCAGCGUGUUUCCAGCCAUUGCGGGACUCAGUGGGCUUCCAAAGAAUCAGACAAAGAUGAUGCAUGUGUACUCCAUAGGAACCAUGGUCACUGGCAUUGCACCUCUGAUGUACGGUGCAACGUUUGGCAUAAUGCAAGUAAUGGAGAACUUCAAGCGAGGGCAUGCACCAGGAACAGAUGACUGGCGUGUCUUACCCAUGAAGAUGGCAAUGGUUGCAUUUGUUAUUCAAGCGCAUGCAGUCAGCAUUUAUUACUCCAAUAAGCUGAUAAGUGCAUGGAACACUAAGGGAGAGAAGUCUUCAUAGAUGUGGUUUUUAGAGAACAGUACAGUUACUAGGUGUGGAAAUAACGAGUACAGACUGGCUGGAAAAAAAUAGGUGUUUGGUGUGGACGAGUCAGAGAAAUGAAUCCACACAAGGAAUUUUUAACAACUCUAAAAAUAGAGCAGUUUCUUUUGAUGUCUUGCUUCAACAAAGGACUAAUGCUCAAAAUAUUAGCGAAACAUCUGUUUUCAAAGAGGUAAAAAAUAUAUCAUUUCAACAUGCGUUUAGCCUGUGUGCAGCCGGAAAUAGUUCCAUUAUUACCGUCUGCGAAUUACCGACAGAAAGCUUGUUUAGACCCCCCGUGCACCUACUGCCGGAGUGAAGCGAUUUCUGGUUGGCUAUCAUCUGGUUCAAAUGUAACGAGCCACGCGAUUGCUCCAUGUACCCUGCAUAUAUAUAAUUUUUCGAAUGUUAUGAUUUUUGCACGAGAGUUUGACAGCGAAGGCGCGAAGCGUGCAAACCAAUAUGGCAAUUCCUUCGUGUAAUUUGUGCCUCACGGAUGUAGUUAAUAGCGACCAAAGAUUUGUCAUCGGGGUAAGGGGAAGUUCGAUAUAGCUUAUAGACCUACUUUUGGGCUUCCAGGGGGGGGGGGGGGGUGCGCAUGCACCCUGCACACCCUUUGUGUGGGUGCCUGAUUAACCACCUUCAAGCAGGCUAUGUCAGUCUUAAGCAUCUUGAUCCAAGUUAUUUAUCUUGGUGGCUUACCAAGUUCAUCAUCUUCGACCAUCUUCAUAAUAUAAUUGAUAAAAAUGUUUUCAGUCUUUAGUCAACCUUGAUUAUCUGAAAAUGAGAAAAACCAAAACUUUAUAGCAGCAGUCUACGGUAGUGGUUCGUUAGAUCUCCUGAAGUGUCAUACUGAUAUUUUCUUGAAAUGAUCAGCAGGAGUAAGAAACUCAUGCUUGGGUGCCUAGCUAGGUCAUGUGAUCUAAUGUGUUUCUUAGAAACUCAUUCUUGGGUGCCUAGCUAGGUCAUGUGAUCUACUGUGUUUCUAAGAAACUCUUGCGUGGGUGCCAAGCUAGGUCAUGUGAUCUACUGUGUUUCUUAGAAACUCAUGCUUGGGUUCCUAGCUAGGUCAUCUACUGUUUCUAAGAAACUCUUGCGUGGGUGCCAAGCUAGGUCAUGUGAUGUACUGUGUUUUUUAGAAACUCUUGCGUGGGUGCCUAGCAUGGGCAUGUGAUUGUGUGUGUGUUUUUUUUUAAUAGGCUUGAUUGCAUUAAGCUCCUGCCAUACCAAAUCUAAACUUGUAUAAAUUGUAUCAACACAAAUACAUUGAGUUUAACAUUUAUUCAGACAUAGCACUUCUGGCUCAAUAGGUUGUGAGUAGUAAAAGUUUUCUAUGCAGAGUUUCCAUUGAACAAAAUAAAACAAGAUAAGUAUGGUA